CAUAGGCAUACUGUCACUGUGCCGCUCAGCACUCUGCUGCCAUCAUGGGAGUUUUCACAUCCAGCCAAGAUAAGUUUCCAGACUUGCAAUUACCGGCAAAAUCGUUCUAGUGCAUAGAGUACGUCUCUACCGGUGCUGUUACGGUUUCGUCUUAGCCGAUUUGUAAUCAAGAUGUUAUUCUUGCUGAAACGCCGGUAAGAGUUCUCUAAACAGCAUCUACCUCCCCAUCAGCACCACACAAAGGGAGCCGCGGAGUUGAGUCUUCUAACGAGCUGUUGUUGUUUUUGUGAAUGUCAUAAAUUCAUUUGGGCUAUCUUCCUUUUCGAAAUGGAUCACUUUGCAGCAGAGUGCCUUGUGUCAAUGUCCAGCCGUGCAAUUGUGCAUGGUCCUAAAGGGAAUAGAGAGAUAAAACCAGAAACUGUGGUCUCUCCCAGGAACGGAGAAGAGACCAGGGAGCCCCUGGUGAAAGACAACUCUUCUCUUUUUGUCGUGGCCAGAAUUCUUGCGGAUUUCAAUCAACAAACCCCCGCCAAUUUUGCCGAACAGGCUAAAAUAAGAGAGGAUAGCUUGGCACCAGAGCUGGUCGGCGAGGAUGGAAACUCUGCCACACCUACUAGCAGCCCCGUCGACACACGAAAGGCCAAACGACUGAGGGCUCGCGCAGAGCAAGGAUACAUCCUGAAAAAGCACAAAUGCCACUAUUCAGGUUGUGAAAAAGUUUAUGGCAAAUCGUCCCAUCUCAAAGCCCACCUAAGGACGCAUACAGGUGAGCGCCCGUUCCCCUGCACCUGGCCCGACUGCACCAAGAAGUUUGCCCGGUCGGACGAGCUGGCACGCCACUACCGCACACACACGGGCGAGAAGAAGUUCGGCUGCCCGCUGUGCGACAAGCGCUUCAUGCGCAGCGACCACCUGAUGAAGCACGCCCGCCGCCACUCCGACUUCCAGCCCGCCAUGCUCAAGCGCCACCACGGGGCCGGGGGCAGCGGUGCCGCAGGAGGUGCCCUGGGAGCGGGCAGCAGCAUGGGUGGCGGGGGCACCAGCGCACGUCCCGGAUCCCUCAGCGACUACAGCCGCUCGGACGCCUCCAGCCCCACACUCAGCCCCACCCUCAGCCCUGCCAACUCGCCUUAAGACAAGAGGAAGAAGAAGAAAAAGAAGAAGAAAAAGAAGAAAGAAGACAAAAAAUCCAGCCGCACUUUCCUGCCCAGCCCCACCAACCCCCCAAUCAACCCCCCCCCCCACACACACUGAGACUCCCCCUUCACUGGGGCUCCUGGCUGGUUAUUUUCAUUAUUUUAUUUAAUGAUUUUGUUUUGUUUUUUCGUGAGAAAGACUUCUUUUUCUUCUUUCUCGCAUUUUUUGUUGAUAUCUCUCUCUCUCUAUCCCUUUCUCUUUCCUCUCCCAUAGUAAUACUCAUGUUGCACAGCUGUUAGGCCUCCUUCCCCUCCGCUGGGUCCUUGCUUGCUGUGGUGUACUGUAUUGUACAUAACCGCUUGUAGUAGUGCAAUUUUUUUCUUGUGCAACCAGAAAAAAAAAAAUACGACAACACACCAACAACACAGAAACAAAAAAAAGCAAAGAAAUGGAGAAAAAAGAGAGAAUGCCUUUCGCAGAUGGCAAUAUUUACAAUCUGUACCAUGUGUCUGGAUUUCUCUAGCUUCUGGCCACAGCUUUCCUCAUUUUGUUUCACUCAUUUUAAACAACUCAAGUUGUUCAAGCGGACAAAAAUAUCUAGACAAAAUUGACAGGUAUAUGAAAUUGAAUUUGUUUUUUUGUUUUUCUUUGACCUUUUCACCUUGACAAGGGUGAGGGGCGAAGGGGCAAACACACCACACCUCAGGAGUCAAACAGUUUUUAUUUUGAGUUUCUACUUAUUUGGUUUUUUUUUUCUUUAUUACUCACCUUGACUGCACAAUACAAGCAUCACUUUACUCUGAAAAAUUCAACAUGGGGUUGAAUUUUUGCGCCCUGCUCAGGGAAGGCUGUGUUAGCUUGAAAGAAUGAACAUGUUUGAAGAGAAAAAACAUACACAAACACACACAUACACACACACACACACACACUCAGACACACACAAAUUCACACAAACUCACACCCAUAAAACAGCCUUACUCUCAAUGAGAUUUGCACUCUUUUCCUUUUUUUUUUUUUUUUUUUUUUUUUCGGGUAGUUUUCACAUUGUGGGAAAACUAGCUCUGGGUAAAAAGAAAGACAUAAAACCAGUCCUAAGGACUCAACGUUAAUCAUUGAUCUUGAACUGAGGAGGUACACGAGAGACUGGCUCUACCAGAGUGAUGAGGAGAGGACAGAGUGGGGUGCUUGGUUUGUUUCCUUGCUUUUCAUUUCUGCGAGACUGGAAGAAAAGAUGUUUUUUUUUUUUGUUAGUGUGUGAGUGUGCGUCAUUCAUGCAAAUAUCUCUAACCGUCUCUGUUGAGAAGCCAGGUGACCCCAGUCAGUCAGUCACUGGGGCAGUAUUUCAAAGGGAAGCGUCUGUGUACUGUCGCACUGUCCAACAGAGUAAUCACAUGAUGCGUCCCAUCCUGUCGAGCGAGGUGGCUCGCCAUGUAUGGCCACUCUUCUCUCUCUCCGAGUCCACGAGUCUAUUCACCCCUUGAACAGCCCCAAAAGCCUCAAAACAAAACAAUGAGAAACAAAAAAAAAGGAGGAGAAAGUUUCAAAGCAGCUGUUUCCUUCUUCUCUGGACUGCACACCUGCACAUUCAUCAAACUCAAAUCAGGGUUUCAAACACGCACACAUACACACACACACACACUGUGACUAACACAUGAACUGAAGCAUUCAACCAUUCAACAUACACUACUACUUUGGUAGAAAAGGACUUUUGUUGUCAUGGUGUGUUGUUCUUCCUCCUCUGCUGGCGUCCUGAAUAUAAAGCACACACACACAAGUCUGACAUCAGCAGCAGCAGGGCGUGGCGUGCGUGACCUGGCUGCCCUCUGCGCUGAGGUGUCUGGGUGAGAUAACCUCCUGGCUCCCGCGCCUCUGUUGGGGACAGGAAGGGGAGGAGGGGUGGGUCCCUCCUUCUCUUCCUCGCUCCCUUGUUCAUUUCGCUCGUUGGUUCGUGCGCUCGCUCGAGUGCUCGUUCGCUCUGUGGCUCGCUGGCAGUUUUCUCAGGUAGAACCAGACAGCCUGGCCCCGUGCCCUCUCUCGGCCCCCGCACCCAACACACACACACACACACGCGUACACACACUCACACACACACUUACACACACUCACACGAGCGUGUGCCCUGCCUGAGGAGGCCUCCCCUCUUAGGAAACAGCUGCAUCCCACACAGGGCUAUUCAUAGAGCAGAGGAGGAGGAGUGGAGAGCCUUCCAGUACGGAGCACCUCACACCUCUCUCUCUCUCUCUCUCUAGCUUGCUGCCUCUCUCUCUCCCUCUCUCUCUCUAGCUUUUUGCCUCUCUCUCCCUCUCCCUCUCUCUCCCUCACUAGCUUUCUGCCUCUCUCUCUCCUCCUCUCCAUGUCUCUGUACCUAAUUGUCCCUGACUUUUUCAUAUGCAUUUCUCUCUCCAUCCACUCUUUCAUAAUGUGCUUUUCUCUUUUUAUAGCUAUAAUUUCACUCUCUCACUUUUAAGCAGCUUCCCAAAUGUUCUAUCUUAUCUCUCCUCCUUUCUCACAUUCUCCCACGCUCCACUUGGCUCAGAGAAACUGUAUGCAGCUUUAUCUCUCUCUCUCUCUCUCCCUCACCCUCUCCAUCAUGUUUGUUCUCUCUCUCUCUCUUUCUCUCUCUCAUCCUUUACUCUUUCUGCCGCUGUGGGAGUGUGACUCGAACACCGCUCUGGCCACAGAGAGAUGAAGAGAGAGAGAGAGAGAGAGGAAGAGAGGUGGAGAGGUGGAGGGGAGGGAGGUAGAGAGGCUGGGCUGGCUUGGGUGGAGGCCAGCCCGCGUGUUGCAUGGCUGGGGCUGCAUGCUGAGGAGAGCAGGGCGGCCCCCGGACUGACGGGAACAAAGGCAGUUAUCAGCGGGAGGCAGGAAGGACUGAACCAGACGAGCUGCGGCGUGCCGCGCUGAGCCCCGCCGAUGUGCCCGGGCCCUGCCGAUAAACACACAGCGAGGGGGAGGGGGGGGGGGGGGGGGGUUAU